CAUGUUCACAAUAUUUAUUAUCUCCUUCAGAACCUGGAAAGCUAGGUUCAUCUCGUGGGUUUUAAUCACUUCGCUCUCUUUAACUUUUCAUAUUUUUUUUCAAGUUUCUUUUUCUACUUCUUUCUCUCUGUCUUUUGCUGUAUAUCACACUGUGUGUUCAUCAACCAUCCGGAGAGAAGCUUCGAGAUUUUGGAGGUACAAUGGUGAAGGAAACGGAAUACUAUGAUGUUCUUGGUGUUAUUCCGGCUGCUUCGGAGGAGGAGAUUAGGAAAGCUUAUUAUCUCAAGGCAAGACAGGUUCAUCCUGAUAAAAAUCCAAAUGACCCUAGGGCAGCUGAGAGAUUUCAGGUACUAGGUGAAGCUUAUCAGGUUUUGAGUGAUCCAGUGCAAAGGGAUGCAUAUGACCGCAAUGGAAAGUAUUGCAUAUCUAAGGACACCAUGCUUGAUCCCACUGCUGUCUUUGCUCUUCUGUUUGGAAGUGAGCUUUUCGAAGACUAUAUUGGACAUCUGGCUGUAGCAUCAAUGGCAUCCUCUGAGUUAGCUAGUGAAAGUGACAAUCCAGAAAGAUUGAAUGAGAAGUUAAAGGCGGUCCAGAAAGACAGGGAAGAUAAACUUGCUGGGAAACUGAAAAACAUUCUUCAACAAUAUGUUCGAGGUGACAGAGAAGGAUUCCAGCACUUCGCUGAAACUGAAGCAGAACGAUUGUCACAUACAGCUUUUGGGGUGAACAUUUUACAUACAAUUGGCUACAUAUAUGAGAGGCAGGCUGCACAAGAGCUUGGAAAGAAAGCUAUUUAUCUAGGGGUUCCAUUUAUGGCUGAGUGGGUACGAAAUAAAGGGCACUUCUGGAAAUCUCAAAUUACUGCAGCAAGAGGUGCAUUUCAACUGCUGCAACUUCAGGAAGAUAUUCGUCGCCAGUUUAAGAUGGACGGCAGUGGCCCUGAAAAUGAUCUGGAGUCACAUCUACGAUUAAACAAGGACACACUUAUGAACUCCCUCUGGAAAUUAAAUGUGGUUGAUAUCGAAGUAACCCUUUUACACGUAUGCCAAAUGGUUAUACUAGAAACUGGUGUUAAGAAGGAAGAACUGAAAUUGCGCGCUUCUGCCCUUAAAUUACUGGGGAAAAUUUUUCAGAGGGACAAGUAUGCUCAAACUAGUGGGACUUCAAAGAAGAAAGUAGCUGAAACCAGUUCAGACAGUAGUGAUGACGAGGAUACACCAAGAGCACUCAAUUAUCGAGCUCCUCUAGUAACACAGGGCAUUGGGAGACUCUUUAGGUGUCUGUGCAAUCCGGCUUUUGAUGUGGAUGAUGAAGAGAUUGUGUAUAGAAGCAAAUGAUAAAUGUUGACGCGUAACACCUGCACAAAUGAUUCUAAUGCAUGUCCCAUAGAAACAGAAAGGCACAAGGCUUUGACAAAUGAACUGUAUCUUUGUGUAUUUUGCACAGAAUGUAUCACCAAUAUUUUUUUUUAAAUCAGAUUGCACAUUAUAUAUAUAUACACCUCUUUCCU